AUGUCAACCUCAGGACCCAUCACCUCGUUCCCCGCCCAAGGGCUGCGCAACCCCUCGCGGUUCGUGACGGGCCACAACGCAGCGGGCGAGUCGGUGUUUGUGCGGUCUGACCACGGCGAGCACCACGCCGUGAUGCUCGACGGGGCCGGGGCGCAAAACAUACUGUACAGCUGCGCGUCCAACCCGGUGCAGGUCAACGAGGACGCGGACCUGGCCUACGCGGCCGCGCACCCGCCGCCGCUGCACGUGCCGCGGGGCGCCGUCGUGCGCAUGAUCGACUUUGCGCCCGGCAGCGAGUCCAACAUGCACCGCGCCGUCUGCCUCGGCAUCGGCACCGUGUGCGAGGGCGAGGUCGAGCUGAGCCUCGGCGGCAGCGGCGAGAGCCGCGUCAUGCGUCCCGGCGACGUCUCCAUCAACCGCGGCGCCAUGCACCGCUGGCGCAACGUCUCGCCCGACAAGCCCGCGCGCAUGCUCUACGUGCUGCUCGACGUCGAGCCCAUUGUCGUCAACGGCAAGACGCUGGAGUUUGAGAUGGGGCGGCUGAUGCAGGAGUAUUCCGAGUACAAGGAGGGCGAGGGGGACAACAAAAAGGUCUGA